AUGGCAACAUCAGACAACAUGACAAGCGUUCCAGCUGCACCUACCGCCCUCAAGCCUACACCUGCAGGAUCAGGAUUGACUGCUGGAGAGUGGACUGGCGUUGCAAUUGGUGGUUUCGUAGUCGUUGUGAUCGGCCUAAUUCUGGCUUGGCUGAGAUUUGGAUUCGGUGAUAAUGUCAUUGGUAGAUGCCGAGGUCGUCGAAAUGGAGAGGGGCGGCAGUCGCACUCAAACAGAGAAGAGGACGGCGGUGAACAAGGGAUUCCAAACAUACCUUCUACUUCAGCAGGGAAGACGAACGCGACUAGGUCAAAGGCAGAACAAAGACGAGCUGAGCGAGCUGCUGGACGAAGGUGUAGGAAGGCCUUAAAGGAAAUAUACACUAGUACGGGAAGCUAUGUGCAGAUGCUUCCAUGGGUCGAUGACGACAAAAGGCAUAUCAUGGACAUCUACACAAAGCUACAAUUGAAAAAGGGUGAUAACGAUUUGAAGGGAGAGGUACAAUCGUAUUGGGAUAUUUUCAAACUCAAAACAAGUCAAGGUCAUUCAAUUAUACGGGCAAUUUUAAGAGGAUGGGCUGGUUUAGGGAAAACGACUCUUAUUGAGAAAAUUGCUUACGAUUGGGCUUGUGGCACUGUCAAUGCACUGAAAAAGUAUAAGCUUGUUUUUGUGUUGAAAAUGCAUUCCCUGCAACAAAAGUCGGAUGUGAUUGAAGCGGUGUUUGAUCAGUUGUUAGAUGAAAAGACCAUAAAUAGAGAAGAUUUGAAAUCAUUCAUUAAAUCCAACCCCGAAGACGUUCUGUUUCUGUUGGAUGGAUUCGAUGAAUUCAAGUCCACCAAACUUGAUAAGACGGAGUUUGGUUCGAUCCUCAAAAUGCUUAAUCGAAAGGGGGAGUACAAAAAAUGCGUUGUACUUGUGACAACUCGUCCAUCACACUAUGACAAACUGGUAAAAAACUCUUUGAUUGAAAAACCGUUUGCUCUUGUGGAAGUGUUGGGGUUUAGCAAGGACGAUAUUAAAGAAUAUGUGCACAAAUAUUACUCACAAGAACUGCCCAAAGCUAAAGGACUUCUGGAGAGGAUUACUUCAUCAGAUGUUCUUACAGAUUUAGCGCAAAGUCCAAUGCUGUUGUUGUUAAUGUGUUUGUUAUGGAGUGAGAGUGCUACACUCCCUGACACCAUGUUCCGGCUUUAUAACGAGGCACUGCGUUACAUAUUUAAACGUAAGACACAAAUGUCAACAGAAGAAAUAUCCAAGUUUAUUAUUGCAAUUGGGAAGGUUGGUUUGGAUGGCCUACUUUCAUCUGAUCAAAAGCUAUCAUUUCCAGAGGAGGAUUUUGAGUCGGAUGUGCUUGAUAUGGCCAUACGAGCUGGCAUCCUCACCAGCCAGCGAGAAUUUCCGAACGACGUGUCACGAUUAAUUUCCUCUCUACGCUUGAAAGAAAUGACGCAGCUUAACAUCGUGCGUUUUAAUGAAUGCGUCCCGACGAGGAGUGACAUGGAGCACAUUAUUGGGGAACUGGGUAAUCUGCCAAACCUUGUUGAAUUGGAUCUGUCUGGCAGACGCACCCUUGCAGGAUCAGAUCAGCCAUGGUCUCAUUUGAAGGAUAUCAAAACCCUCAACACACUGGCCUUGCAGCAAUGCGGAUUGAAAGAGGAUGACUUGGAGCACAUUGCCGUUGGGCUAAGUAAUCUGCCCAACCUUGUUGAAUUGGAUCUGUCUUACAAUGAGACCCUUGCUGGGUCAGGUCGGUCAUGGUCUCACUUGAGGGAAAUUAAAUCCCUCAACAAACUGAACCUGAGAUGCUGCAAAUUGGGAAGUGAUGACUUGGAGCCCAUUGCCGUUUGGCUGAGUAAUCUGCCGAACCUUGUUGAAUUGGAUCUGACUGGCAAUGAGACCCUUGCUGGGUCAGGUCGGUCAUGGUCUCACUUAAGGGAAAUUAAAUCCCUCAACAAACUGAACCUGAUAUCCUGCAAUUUGCAAAGUGAUGACUUGGAGCCCAUUGCCGUUGGGCUGAGUAAUCUGCCGAACCUUGUUGAAUUGGAUCUGACUGGCAAUAAGACCCUUGCUGGGUCAGGUCGGGCAUGGUCUCACUUGAGGGAAAUUAAAUCCCUCAACAAACUGAACCUGAGAUACUGCAAAUUGGGAAGUGAUGACUUGGAGCCCAUUGCCGUUGGGCUGAGUAAUCUGCCGAACCUUGUUGAAUUGGAUCUGUCUGGCAAUGAGACCCUUGCUGGGUCAGGUCGGGCAUGGUCUCACUUGAGGGAAAUUAAAUCCCUCAACAAACUGAACCCGAGAUGCUGCAAAUUGGGAAGUGAUGACUUGGAGCCCAUUGCCGUUGGGCUGAGUAAUCUGCCCAACCUUGUUGAAUUGGAUCUGUCUGGCAAUGAGACCCUUGCUGGGUCAGGUCGGGCAUGGUCUCACUUGAGGGAAAUUAAAUCCCUCAACAAACUGAACCUGAGAUCCUGCAAAUUGCAAAGUGAUGACUUGGAACCAAUUGACAUUUGGCUGAGUGAUCUGCCCAACCUUGUUAAAUUGGAUCUGUCUCGCAAUGGGACCCUUGCUGGGUCAGGUCGGGCAUGGUCUCACUUCAGGGAAAUUAAAUCCCUCAACAAACUGGACUUGAGCAGCUGCGGAUUGAAAAGUGAUGACUUGGAGCUCAUUGCCGUAGGGCUGAGUAAUCUGCCCAACAUUGUUGAAUUGGAUCUGUCUGACAAUGAGACCCUUGCUGGCUCUGGGAUCCAGACGACACCCACCACCACAUACAACUAUCCACAGCCUGGUACUCAACACAGCAAGAAACCAGUUGAUGACGUCAUUGCCCUGGACGCUAAGUCCAAUUGUCUGACCAACAACAACGGUUAUCAGAAUGGAAAAGCUAAGACACAGAAGGAAGAUUAG